UCACGAUCAACACAGUAACAAAAUUACUUUUCUCAGAUCUCAUGCUAGAAGCCGGGAAUGUGCCUUAGAGAAGUGCAGGCGGCUUGUGCGCUGCCUCAUGACCUGUACAGCGUGCACGUGACGGUGCAGGUGAGCCUGCGCCAUGUUUUUGCACUGCCUCAAGUACGAUCACCACAGCCUACCACUAUAAGAGACUACGUCAAAUCAGUCUUUCCUACUUUUCCAUACUCAGUUAGACGACGUGAAAACCUCCCCUUUCUUAAACAGUUCUCUCUUCUUGUGUUAGCAUCCCCGAACUCCUGUAACAGUCAUGCAAUUACUGCACUUUAAUGACUCUGGAAGACUGGUCUUAACAGACUUCGCUAAAAGAACAAUUCCGCCGUAUGCAAUCCUGUCACAUAGAUGGUGGGGAGACGACCUUGAGGUCCACUACCAGGAAGUACUAAACAACACCUAUGCAAGCAAGGAUGGCUACCGCAAGAUCAGAUUUUGCGCCGAACAGGCUGCCCAAGAUGAACUACAGUACUUUUGGGUUGACACAUGUUGCUUCGACAGAUACAACAGCCGUGAACGCUCGAAUGCGGUCAACUCGAUGUUCCGGUGGUAUCAGAACGCCGCAAAAUGUUACGUAUUCCUUCGCGAUGUGUCAGUAGCUACUGCGACAGAUGCCCAGCAGCAAAGUACAUGGGAAGCACGUUUCCAGGCAAGCGAAUGGUUUACUCGAGCUUGGACGCUUCAAGAACUUAUUGCUCCAGCAUCAGUUGAAUUCUUUUCUUCUGAAGGUCAGCGACUGGGAGAUAAGGAAUCCCUCCUGCAAUUGAUACACAACAUAACUAGCAUUCCAUUAGAGGCUUUACAGGGCUGUCCUCUGGAGAAGUUCAGUGUCUCCGAUCGAAUGACGUGGGCCCGAACCCGCAAAGCGACCGAGCCAGAAGACCAUGCAUAUUGUCUUCUUGGAGUUCUCAACGUACAAAUACCUCUCACAUACGGUGAAGGAAAAGAGAAAGCAUUAAGCAGGCUUCAAGACGAGGUUAAACACUCGGAU